UGUCCUCCCGGUUCCCUCCCGCUCCCGGCACCUCCGAAGGCAGACCAUUCAUCAAGGAUUUUGUAUCCAAGGCCCAAAAGCUUGUUACCCGAGAUGAUGAAUGCCGACAUGGAUGCAGUUGAUGCUGAAAAUCAGGUGGAACUGGAGGAAAAAACACGACUUAUUAACCAAGUGUUAGAACUGCAACACACACUUGAAGACCUCUCCGCAAGAGUAGAUGUGGUUAAGGAAGAAAAUCUGAAGCUAAAAUCCGAAAACCUAGUUCUUGGACAACAUAUAGAAAACCUCAUGUCUGCUUCUAGUGUUUUUCAAACAACUGACACAAAAAGCAAAAGAAAGUAAGGGAUUGACAUCCCUUCUAUUUCAUGGAAUUGCUGC